GACGGCAUGAGUGAUACCGUUUAGUACACGUCACCGCUUUGUUAAGGCUUCACCAUGUCCAAAUCAAGAUGUUCUGUUGUCAAACCUUGCAAUUGGAUAUUUCCAAAUUUUUAUGAUGAGUGUUACUGCGGGUGGCCAGGUGAAGGAUCCGAGCCGUUGAGUGCAACCUCCAAAAAGGCGCAUAGCGUGUCGAGCGAUCAACUACCAAUAGUCUAUCACGAUGACUUCAAAUCAAUGGGCAACUUUAGUAAGUAGAAAGUAUGUCCCCUGGGAUGCGGCAGGUGUAGAAAAAAUUCCGCCUCACGAGGAAGAGGACAUGAAGGCCGUAAUCGCGCAGAUCAAUGAGAUGCAGCAGCGCCAAUACAAUAAAACCCGACAUUGUUAUGGUGGUACUCAUGCAAGGACGCAAGGCAUUGUCAAAGGGAGAUUUGUCGUACCCGGUGACCUACCUAGUCAUUUGAAGCAAUCGGAGCUCUUCAAAGAGGCCGGAGAAUACCCCGUCGCUUGUCGAUACAGCUCGGAACCGGGGGAUCCAGGACUUGAUGAUCGUAUUCCUCAACCGCGGGGUUUCGCCAUGAAGAUAUUCAACGUGAACGGCGAGAUGUUUGAUGCUGGUCAAGAUUACCCGACUCAAGAUAUCGAGUUUAACAGCACACCAGCAAUUGAGUUGGCUGACACCAAAACUACAAGAGAGAUUUUGGAUAUCCGUCUAAUGUGUGGUGGCGACGAGCGGGAAUUGCGUGAUCAAUUGAAAAAGCGUUCCGACUACGAACUUCAGGUUUCGCGAGACCAAGUACCGAACAAGCACCUUGAGUCCAUGCGGUGGUACUCACAAUCCGCUUAUCGCUUUGGUAACUACGUCAUGAAAUACAGGCUCGUUCCGUCGACGGAAACGCAGCGCAAACUUGCGGAAGAAACCGUGAAGCCGGAAAACAGCGACGACAUCCUUCAUUUGUGGUUGCAAAAUUUCCACACCACCCAUGACGCCGAGUUCUUGUUUGAGGUGCAGCUCCUUGAGAACUUAGAGGAGCAGCCGGUCGAAUACGCUGGUACAAUUUGGGACGAGAAAAAGUACCCUUGGCAGCCCGUCGCCGAGCUCGUCAUCCACAAGCAGGACAGUUGGAGUUAUUCGAGGAAAGCGUUUUGGGAGGAUCACAUCAGGCUUGAUCCGUGGCAUGGUCUCAUAGCUCUCCAACCGUUGGGUAGUUCAAACCGAUUAAGACGAGUCCUAUACCCGGCCAGCAGUGCCUUGAGGCGAAAAAUGAAUGCGAGACAAGAAAUAAACAUUAAGACUAUUGGCGAGAUUCCUGGGUAAGAUCAAUACAUUUGAUCUGCCGGUUCCGGGGAUAACCAAAUUUUAUUGUCUUCCUACGUCGCAUCUAGGGCUCGCAUACUCUACGU